AAGACUUGAGAGACAACAAUGUCUGCAGGUAUUGCUCGUGGCCGUCUUGCUGAAGAACGCAAAGCUUGGCGCAAGAAUCAUCCCCAUGGGUUUGUGGCUAAACCUGAGACACUUCCAGAUGGGUCAGUGAACUUGAUGGUGUGGCACUGCUCUAUUCCUGGUAAAACAGGGACGGAUUGGGAAGGUGGUUGUUAUCCAGUUACGAUUCACUUCAGUGAAGAUUAUCCUAGCAAACCACCAAAGUGCAAAUUCCCACAAGGUUUCUUUCAUCCGAAUGUGUAUCCAUCAGGAACAGUUUGCUUGUCGAUCCUCAAUGAAGACAGUGGUUGGAGACCAGCCAUUACAGUGAAACAGAUACUCGUUGGCAUCCAAGACCUGUUAGAUCAGCCAAACCCUGCUGAUCCUGCUCAAACUGAAGGGUAUCAUCUCUUUAUUCAGGAUGCUAUUGAGUACAAGAAGCGGGUUAAGCUGCAGGCCAAGCAAUAUCCGCCUCUGGUGUAGUCUAAAUAAUGUUCGUAUAAUCAUGUGUAUGUGUGUGUUCUAAUGCAAACUUCAAAGUAAGCUGUUCAUAGCGUACUGAUAGCUGGCACUGUUCUGGCAAUAUGAUGCUGAUUAGUUUUGUUGCAGCAGCGAAGUAAAUCGUUAUAGUUGGAAUUAAUACCUGAUUCUGCUUUUCAUUGUUCCUAGUCAUCUUAUAUGUGUGUGUAUUAACAUGCAAGCUAUAAUUGUUUCAGACGAUUGAAACAUGUCAUUG